GGUAGUGAACGAUCUCGGCAAUGCUCGCGGUUGCUUUCGCUGGACGAAAUGAACCGGGCAAAGAUUGCCGCAUUGCCAUUUGCCGAUGGGAUUCGGCGAGCCGCCUUGACGGAGGCAGACAGUCCAUCGAUCGAUUGUUUACCCUUCCUGCCUUACCAAAUACAAGUGCCUUGUUUGGAGUCCAAACCAGGAACACCGAAGGAUGCAGACAUCUCGGAAGUAGCUUUCGCCGAAGAGGACGCUUCUAUUUCGAACAUUUUUGAUGCCACGUUCACCACGGACGAUCGCCCAGUGCGUCCCGUUCGCAACUUUGCCGCCGAGUGGAACCUUUCCGAAGUGCUAGAGAGCGACCCCGAGGAUCCCGAGAUGGUGCCGAGCCCAGGAGAGAAGCGACCGUCAUCAGCGACAGAAACAAAUCUGCCCACUCACGAACGCCUUACCUCGGCUUCGUUCAACCACCUGCUGGAAGAUGAUGAAGACGUGUUCUUCGACGUCUCUGCGACCGGCGUGGAUCCAUUUUCGGGAAAGGGGUUGCACAAAGAAAAUCACCAUCUCGUGGCUGGAACGGUCACCUCUCUGCUCGCAUCAUCACCACCACACCGUGAACCGAUCGCCAGGAGUAGCCCGAUGAUAGCGACACAAACAUCACCUUCCGUAUUCGCGACCCAGAAGAGUUCCUCUAGACAGCGGUUAAACUUCCAGCGCCUGCGGUUGGCGGACGUACCCAGAGCACCUCUCGGAAAUCUUCGGUUCAGCCCGAACACAAGUUGUAGAAAGGUUACCGACCACAAAAUUGAGCCCGAUUUCGGCCUACCUCCCAGCCAGGAGCAUGAUCGGAGCAUUAUCGGAAUUCUGCGUCGUCCAAAUGGCAGGGCCCGAAUAGCAGACUCCGAAAGUGAAGACGACAAUCCGAAGGCGACGAGUCGCGACAGUAGCACCGAAUGGUCCGGUGAGAGUACCGAUUGCGACGAAGCUUUGCUACAAGUUCCUAUGCCCGAUUCAUCACAGUCACCUGUAGGUCCACCUCUCCGCAGAUUCCGUAAAACAAGUCGAUCAGCACAGCGUAAGCACCGUGGCAGACUUCCAACCGGUGUUGCUUUCCUCGACUUGGAAGCGGCGGUCAGCGGAACAGAUUCGGAAGAUGACGAAAAUCACCAAUUUGAAACACAGCUUGACGGGUUCAUCGUUAGCCAGGUCGCCGACAUGGAUCGGACUGCGCACUCCGUCGACAUGCAGGCCAUCUACCUACAGUCUCUGAAAGAUGCACGACAACGGGCGGAUUUUAAAAUCCCCGGUACACGGUACCGAUACGCUCCACUGAAGGAGGAGGGCCUGGCAGAAAAGGACAACUCUUUCACAGACGACGAUCAAGCUAUUUUCGAGUCGCAGGAUAAUUCUUUCAUAGUCGACGAAAUUGUUUUCGAGUCGCAGCUUUCGCCACUGGCGGCAAUGGAAAGGGAUCUAGCCGAACGGGAACGAUUGGCCAAACGGAAGAAGGUACAGCGGCAUGACAAGCAGUCCCAGUGCAAACGGCGCAAAAGAGUUGUCCAUUUAGAGAGCAGCGACAGUGAUUGAGCAUCCAAUGGCCAUGGUAGACUUAAACAUUGUAUAGAAUCUGGUACGGAUCGUCGAGUUGCCAGAAGCCGGUGUAACUGGAUGAUUUAUAAAAUGUGGCCCAGCAUGGAGUGCUAUUGCAUUUAUCCACCACGCAUUGGUGGUUUGUCCACGUUUUGACUUGUUAUCUGUUAAUGACAUG